CAAUGUCCUAACGUCCGUUAAAGGCGGUACGUACGCAAACAAACGGCACCUCCAAAUUCCGAAAUCCAAACACUGCACAUAAAUUCCAGCAAAGGCACCUUCUUUUCUUUUGUUUUCAAGUCAAAUAACUUGGUUAGAUUCCGCGUCAUUUAUAGGAAGACCCAGACUCGGUCUUUCAUUUGAAGGGAUUCUCAAAAUUCUCAUUUCAAUUCAUCGUUAUCAAUCAUCAUCGUUUUUCCAGAAAAAACCCUUUUAUUAGAAUCUUCUACCAGUUAAUAUAACCCAGAAAAAGUAGAAUCUAAGAAGCUUUGAUCUGGGGAAGAUAAAUGGGUGAUCAUCUUGUUGUGUGCGUGGACCGCUUGCUUACAUCUGACACUUUGCAUUCGGGAAAAGGGACCGAGGUCUUAGAAUUAUCUGGUGAUAGUCAUAAUCAUGUUGCUGAAUCAUCUAAUUCAAUGGAAUUCAAAGAGGCGGAAGAAGAUGGCGUGCCUGAUGAAGAGCAGCCACUCAUUCAGGGUGUUGAGUGCAGAAUUUGUCAAGAGGAGGACACCUUAAAAAAUUUAGAGGCCCCUUGCGCUUGUAGUGGCAGUUUGAAGUAUGCGCAUAGGAAAUGUGUUCAAACAUGGUGCAAUGAGAAGGGUGAUAUUAUAUGUGAGAUCUGUCAUCAGCCAUAUCAACCAGGUUAUACUGCACCACCACCUCCCCCUGUUGAUGAUACUAUUAUUGACAUCAGUACCCAAUGGACAGUGUCUGGUGCACCUUUAGACUUGAAUGACCCACGACUUUUGGCAAUGGCAGCGGCUGAAAGACAUCGGCUUGAAGCGGAGUACGAUGAGUAUGCUGAUACCAAUGCCAAUGGAGCAGCAUUUUGCCGCUCUGCUGCCCUUAUCUUGAUGGCUCUGUUACUCUUGAGGCAUGGACUUUAUGUGACAAGUCCUGAUGGAGAGGAGGAUGAUGUUUCCACAUUCUUUUCUCUUUUCUUGCUUCGAGCAGCUGGGUUUCUUCUUCCAUGCUACAUAAUGGCUUGGGCUAUUAGUAUAUUGCAACGACGAAGGCAAAGAGAGGAAGCAGAAGCAUUAGCAGGACGGGAAGUUGCGUAUGUGAUACAGACAGGACAGCAUGGAGGCGUACACUUCACCAUAGCCCCAAGCCCUGCAGUCAUUCAUCACCCCGAGCCACAUUAAUAAUCUGCUUCGUAAGUAUCCAAUCAAAAUGUAAUCCUAAUCCCAACUUUCCUGUCGAGCUGUUGGUUAACAAAAUAUGCCAUUUUUUGGCUUAAAACUGCCUACAACGUUCUAGCCUUUCGUUGCAACGACUAAAUUAUAACAAAGAAACGCUGAUAAAAGGGUGUUGAGACUUGCCCACAGCUCUCAUUUGCUUGUAUACAAAAAUCUUCAUCCCCGCAUCGUAUUACUCGAGAAUUCCGUUGAGCAACAAAUUAUCGAGGAUUUCGACAUCUUUUUUUCAGUUUUCUUCCAUUAAUGUUGAUUGAAUUGUGUAUGAUUAUCUUCAAGGGAACAAGAACAGUUUGUGAUGCUUUCUUGCCCUUCAUAAAGGUAUCUUCUGUAGUUGUCAAUCUGAAUUGGGCAUAAGCAGUACAUAUUUCAGCUUUGAUCAAUAAUAGGCGUGCUCAGUUUAGUGUACAUAGCUAUACUUUUGGAUGACAUUUGACAAAUCCUGUGUUUUGAGGGUUAGCAUGUCUAACAUGAUUGGCACUGUGUGAGCGGUUGUUUUGCCUCGGUUAGCGCGAACUUGCCAUUUGUCGGUUGGGGUUAAGGCUAAUCUUAUUCAUUCUUCUUA